GGCAGGACCAUCAGCUGGUUCAGGUCGCUGUGGAAACCCAACAUCAGAGCAUGCUGGAUUGAACCAAAUAAAGAACACAGGAACAAAGAUGUUGUCUCCGCAACAGUGGUUCCAAAGGUUCAGAUUCUAGUCACUUAAACUGCAGAAGAUUAGCACUUUUAUUUUUUCAUCUGUCCCUAUUUGCUCAUGAGAAGUUUAAGUUGGGCUCCCGUUUGCGGAUCAAAUCACCUGACUGCAUCCCGUGAGCUACUGCACAUCCAGAACUGUCUCUGUGGUAGCAGGUGACUCAAGAACUGAAGCAGACAGUGCCAGAUCUUCCUCGGACUUAGCUGAGCAUCUAGCCCAGCCUCCCCACCCUGUGAGAGUCUGGGCAGCCACCGUCAUCUUCCACCCAUGGACUAUUCCUGCAGUUCCUCCUCGGCAUCUCUGCUUUCCCAGGAGUCUCAAGCAUCUGGACUGCCUGAGUAUAUAAAGAUUGUAGAAGUUGGGCCAAGGGAUGGAUUACAAAAUGAAAAGGUGAUAGUCCCAACUGACAUAAAAAUUGAGUUAAUCAACCGGCUUUCCAAAACAGGCCUACCUGCAAUAGAAGUGACCAGUUUUGUUUCAUCCAAAUGGGUGCCUCAGAUGGCAGAUCACAAAGAAGUAAUGAGGGGCAUUGAGCGGCAUCCUGGAGUCCAAUAUCCUGUUCUCACACCUAAUCUUCGAGGUUUUCAUUCUGCUAUUGCAGCAGGGGCUACGGAAGUCUCAGUAUUUGGUGCAGCUUCUGAAUCUUUUAGCAAAAUGAAUAUUAAUUGUUCAAUUGAAGAAAGCAUAGAAAAAUUUGAGGAAGUCGCUAAAUCUGCAAGGAAUAUGAAUAUUCCAGUGCGUGGGUAUGUGUCAUGUGCAUUGGGCUGCCCGUAUGAAGGAAACAUCAUACCAGCUAAAGUGGCAGAAGUAUCUAAGCGGUUGUACAGUAUGGGCUGUUAUGAAAUCUCUCUGGGGGACACAAUUGGUGUGGGGACUCCUGGAAGUAUGAAAAGAAUGCUGGAAGCUGUUAUGAAAGACAUUCCUCUGAGUGCUCUUGCUGUUCACUGCCAUGACACAUAUGGCCAGGCGUUAGCCAAUAUCCUCACAGCCAUACAGAUGGGAGUCACUGUAGUAGAUUCAUCAGUUGCAGGACUGGGUGGUUGUCCCUAUGCAAAAGGUGCUACUGGAAAUGUAGCCACAGAGGAUGUGAUAUACAUGCUUAAUGGUCUGGGGAUCAAUACAGGAGUAAAUCUUUAUGCAGUGAUGGAAGCUGGAAACUUCAUCUGUACAGCUUUGAACAAGAAAACAAACUCAAAGGUUGCACAAGCUUCCUUCAGUACUGCAACUAUCAAUUAAACGGAUUUUUUUGCAGCUUAGUUACAUUUGUCAUCUACCUUGACCGAGGACAUUCACAUCAAGAAAACAAAUAUAGGAAAACCAUUUCAGCAAAGAACCAAAAUAAACCCCAUACAUAACAUUUUAUUAUGGGAAGAGUUAUUGUACUGUACUGUCUUGUCAAGAAUUGUAUGACUUGUGAGCAAGAAAUAAAUUACUGUAGUACAGAACCCUGAGCUUGGUACUUCUAUAGAUGGGGAAAAUGUAUAAACACCAAGACAUUUUCCCCUGGUUUAGAAUGAAUUUUAGUGAAUACGUAGUUAAUUUCUAAUCAAGGUGACUUUUAGAGCAGUCCAAGUGUUUGCAGUAGUUUAUGAUAUCUCACACUGUGUGUGGCCAUUCUAUUAUGUGUUUUAUUUAUCUGAAUCUUUACUUUUCGUUUGUGAAGUCAGUUGUGUUAUGAACAUGGACUCAAAUCUGAAUUCACCAUAAGAUUUUUUUUAGCAAUAGCACUUAUUAAUUUUUGUUCUGUUUAACAUCUGUUACAUAUAUGGAUGACUUUCAAUUGUUCCAAGACUUUGUGGUGAAUGCCAGUCUGCCAGAUCCUCCAAAUCUAAUGCAAAUUAUCUUAUUUGUUACAUAUGUGAAAUUUGUUGUAGUUGCUUUUUUUGUCUACUGUAUUAAAACCUGAUUAUAUGAAGCAAUUAAAACUUUACAAGGUUUUCAGCCAUCGUUCAGGGUAGUAGUAGUAUAGAAAAGGCUAAAUUUUUGUCCAAGGUCUCAUCUAAAAAUUUGAUUUUUUAUUCCAUAGUCUAUGAAUUGACAUUCUCACUUAUGUCAUGAAUUUUUGAGAAUAAUAAUAUUCUGCUUGACUACAUUACAUGAAGGGUUCCACUUACAGUUUUCCUUUGUGCUCUACCGAUAGUGAUACUGUACUUUUCAAUGUCUUAGUUCAUCAAGGUGGCAGUGAACCGCAUUGCAAUUUUUAGGUCAGCAAUGGACAAAUUCAAAGAAGAGCCUUUUCCUAUCUAUAAAGUGUUCAAAUGUGCCAUGAAAAUAUUUUCAUUUUUUCAGUCUAAAACAUCAGUACUUUUAUUGGUUGGUUGUGUAGGAUCCUUCGGUAAUUCUCUGUGUCCUUAUCCCUGAUUUUUUUUUCUGAAAAUAGCCUGUCAUAAUGGAAGUCCAAAACCCUGGACUAUGAUCUUUUUUCAUAUUCUCCAUUUUCCUCCAGAAUGUGAAAAACUGGGCAAAGGUAAGAUAAGAGAAAGUAAAAGAUAAUAAGUAAAGAAUGAAAAGGCUGAAUCAUUUUUGUCUGGAAUUCAACUUUGCCAAGUUACAGCUAAGUCUCAGCUUGCCUUUGAAACUGAACUUUUUCUGAGAUCUGUUAGCCAAUAUUGUAGUUUAGAGUUGGCACAGCUUAAGAUAGUCAAACUUUGCAUGCCAGGUAAAUCAAAGCUAUAAAUUUGAUAUAAAACCUCUAUCCUUUUUAUACCAUAAUGAUAGUCAGAACUACUAUAAACUACAUUGUUUCUCUCUUACCAUAAGAGUCAAAGAAUAAGCAAAGAAAUGUGUUCAAGUGAUACAGGAAAUAUCUUGCUUAUACUAAAUUACACCCCUCCUUGUGGUAUCUCUUGAGAAGACUUUGUGUACCCUUAAAGACAUGAACACCCUAAUUUGCUUGCCCUGCUCUGGGUGCAUAAUUGGAUCACCACAGAAAAUGCUCCAGCCUCAUUUUCCUAUGUUUCAUUUGGGGCUUCAUUAUUUAGCAGCCACUAUGGCUCAUAUAUCAAAACACAAAGUUUAAUAAAACCAGCUCUUGAACCAUUCACAGAUUUAAAAGUUCUGUGAAGAAGUGAGGAAUCUACAGCAGUACUUAGGCUGUACCUAGUCUAGUAACCAGUAGUUAAGUCUAAACAAGGUGCCGGAAUUGGCAUCCUGAAGAUUCCCAAGUUGAGGUGCCAUUUACCCCUGAAGGUGACUAACCACACUGUAAUUCUUUCUUGUUUAGCAAUAAAUUUUCCUCUUUAGUUUGUUUCUGUGCAGGCACAGAAGAAGCUCAUUUUGCACUGAAACGUUAUGUUCUCAUGUAGGACCUGAUGAGUGUUCUUCCAGCCAAGAACAUGGGAGCAUGUUUAACCGACAUGAGAAAGACUGAGCUUCUCACAGAUUGAAAGUGAAGUCACCCCUUCAAAAAACAUGCUUGCGAUGCAAACCACCUUUUAAAUACUAGCCUGAAUGCUGGGCUAAACAACUGAUCUGAGAUUAGAUUGAUACUCGGCCUGAGGAGAUUCAAAUGCAUGGUUUUUGACAACUUAAUCAAUGGAGCUAUCCACAGGCUAUAUACAGAAUUGAAAAAGAACUCAUUUUCUAAUAAAUCUAGGUGAGGUAGUCCCACUGGGUAGGAUGGAAUUCAAAAUUCCUGAGACCAGAAAGAUCACAAGAAAAAAAAGUCUCUGCAGCAGAUAAGGUGUUCGGUUUUCUUUCCUUGAAGAUGGUGGUGAGAGCUUCAAAUAUAGGCCAAGUGAGGAAAUGAACUGCUACUGUCCAUUGUUUUGAUAUGUAUGGUAACUACAACAUAGAUGAAAGUGAGUGGUUUCACUACUACCACCGCAACUUUUGCAUUAAAUAAAAUACCUAUGUAGAACUGUAGAAUAAGAGAGCUAGCUCUGCUUCAGUUCUUUGAGAGUUCUAGACAUUUAAGUUCCUAACUACCAUGAAGGAUUGCAAACUUUAGCACUGGGAGACUCUUACACUCUAGAGGAGUUUUCAGUUAUGCCUGUGUGUGUAGUGCAUCCCAAGCCUCUCAGCAUCUGGGCUGCCUUGUUUGUGAUUCUGAGGGUCUUAACAGUCCCUGUGCACUGAAACAGGGCACCUCUUAAAUCACGGGGAUGAACAGCCUAAAAUGCCUUGGUUCUUUUUUGGGUCUGUUUUAGAAACUACUUGGGAGCUUGUGGAGAGCCUUAAAUGCAGGUCUGUUAUUCUAUAGCGAUGUGAGCAUUGGAAAAGAUGAGCAGUCACAUCUGGAGUCUGUGCUUUACCCUCACGUUCAGCUUCAACCACAUAGUGAAUUAUAGUAAUCCAGGGUGGAGGUCACAGACAAAUAGAUUGUUUGUCAGGAUUGUUACAAGGGAGGAAGAAAUGUAGAGCCAGAUUAAAAAAAACCUGAAUGUUUAUGUGCCAAAAGUGCCACCUGGGAUUAAUUUAAGCCUGUUGGUCCAGGUGAGCAAUCCCCACAAAAUCCUUCUUUACUUGUAGUGUGACUGAGAAUCCUGAGACAUCUCAUGUUCUCGCUACUAAAAUCUGUUAGGCACGUAAAGUGCUGCUGCUCUGCUUUCCUGGGCUGGUAUAGUUUUGACUGUGUGGAGCAUUUUAACACUUAAUCUUUGACUUCACAGAAUAGGCCUGUAUUGCCCUUAAGAUCAAGGGCUAGUUCAGUAGCUCUGCCGUGAGCAUGCAUUGCUCGCACAGGCAACUUUGAGUUCAGCAUAAAAUAAAGCAGUCGAGACUGCCAUAUUCAAACAUAUGGCAAGAACUGUAAGUGGUGUGAUGGUGUUGCUGCUCUCCAGUGCUUCCAAACUUCUAAAUCUUUAUGCUUAUAGUCAGAGUGACCCACCACUAGGCAUGCUUCGUCUUUUUGUCCCUCUCAGUGUUCCUCACUGAGGACACUGCUGUCACUUCACCCUGAAGUAACCCUCUGACUCCGGAAGGCUUGCAUCCAGGUGCUUGGCUUCCAUGAGCAGCUGUUCCUAUUACUGUGUUGUUAUAAAGAUUAUAUAUAUGUAUGUUUGUUGAAUGGUAUCAAGAAAAAGCGUCAGAGUGCUGAAUCUUGUGAUCACACUGUUGGAAUAUGGGGACGUAGUGUCUCCCUGUCUGUUUUGCUGAUAGUCCUCUGUAAAUACUAAAAGCUCUGAGAGCCUGCAGAAGGAGAGAAGGAAUAUGUAUUGACUGACCGCUCUGAGUCUUAUUGGAAACAAAUUAGAUAUUUACUUCUAUACCUUGGAGACUUUCCUCUGUUGCUCGAUGUAUCAAAGUCACCUGUGCCAGGGCAAUGGAGAAUGUACACUGGAUUUCCCAGGGCAGCCUUUGGUCUGUGCCCUGGUCUGAACCCGUGAAGGUUCAACAGCUGACCAAUGUCAUGACACUGGAAUUUUCUUUCAUAUUCCCACAGUAGUUUUUCCCAUGUUGUUGGCAAUGGCUAGAAAGUUGAAUACUGUCCACUUUGGCCUGUCAAGAUACUAUGUUCUUCUAACAGCACAGCUGGUGUGCUCUUCGGAGAAGCUGAUCAGUUCUGUUAGUAAUGAGCAUAAUUGUUCUUCAGUGCCUUUCAUAACAUGGCAAUGACAUGGAUGCCAUACAUGGAUAGUGCUACUGUCUUCCAGUAGCAGCUUGCUUUGUCGUUCAAACUUUUAUGCAUUAGGGCAACUUGGCUCUGAACCAGCACUUUAAUGUUUCAUUUUCAUGUGUAAUCAGAGUUUAUGGAAAGAAGAAAUGAAUAUUCUGGUCUUGUGAAUAAGUCCAGAGAGGCUCUGCCUAAUUUUCCUUUCUUAAUAGCAUCAUUUGAGUUCACAAAACUUUUAUUAUUGUAAUAAGGAGUCACAAAAUAAAGACUGCAAGUCUGCAAGGUAAAAUUCCUGUGUUUGGGAUCAUUGCUGUUGAAAUAAAAUACUUGUCUGAAGAGCUAGUGUGAAUGUAUAAGAUCUGCCUAUUUUUUCACUGAGUUAUUUUUAAGGGUUAGAAAUAUUGUUUAGUCACUGUGAUACCUGAAGAUGAGUAUUCUCUGCCACUGAAUUUGUCUAUGAUUUUUCAGACAGCCUUAAGUUCUCUUUAUUGAUUGUGAAAUAUCUAGAGAACUGACUAAACAGAAGAAUCAGUCUGGAGAAGUGAAUGAAAGACACUUGCUUUCCAGUUCUUGAUUUGCUGGUCAGUGCUUUUCUUUUGUUAUGAUAUAUUUUUGAAGAUCAUUUUUCUCUGCAGUCCUGCUCUUAGGCAGUGUUGAUGUUCAUUGCUGCAAUAACACAGCAGGCAGAAGGACUACAGCCAAAGUCAACUUAGUCCUUUGAAACUGAUGUCAAAGAGAUGAUCCGUUUGUUAAGCAAUUGUCAUGUACCCUCUUGGUUUAAUGCAUUUGUGAUUUUGCAAUAUGUGUGUUAAAGCCAAAAUAAAACCUGUCUCAGUGUUUGUUGAAA